AUUGUGACGGUCCAUUUCAAGCAACUCAGCUGUGGAAUAGUAUUAUUCACGCUCUUCACGGUCAAGUAGAAAUCAAAAGACGCAGACAACAUCUGAAAACAUAUAAAAACUGUUUCACUGGCUCAAAUGCUGUUGAUGUGGUACUGAGCCAUCUUAUGCAGAGCAUGUACCUAAGCUGCAAUGAUAUUUCUCGGCUGAAGGGAGUCCGUGUAUGCCAAGCGUUGAUGGAUCACAAAGUGUUUGAGCCAGUUGGAGCAAAGCUUCACUUAUUCAAGAAUGAGAAAGAAACAGAGUUUGAAGACUCAAACACUAGUCUCUAUAGAUUUGUAAACAGCAGCCUUAUUCCUCUUCUACCAAGAAGGAAUCAAGACAAUGAGAUCUUAACGAAAUGUGAAACAACACUUUCAAACCCCUUAGCAUUAGAAGCAGCCGAUAAAAAAGGGGUAGAGGAGCUUCUUCAAUCAAUAAACGUUCACACGUCUUUACCUCCAAAGAUCACGGUUAAUGAACCAGGUCAUCUGCUUUCAAAAAUAGAUGUCUGGAAACAGCAAACUCUGCUACGACUGCUACAGUUAAUUGAUGUUCCACUUCUAGAAGAUAUCUUGGUGUCUUCAGUGAAGACAAAACCAGACUGUUUUGGCAAAGAAGAAGACCUGAUUAUACCAAAUACUUUCCUGGACAGAGAGGUUGCAUGUAGCUUAAACUUGCCUGAGUAA